AAUAAUGGUCAUGCAUGUCAACAAUAUACUACGUUUUUAAUAUAAUGUAAUCGAAUUUUCUCUUAUUUCCUUAAUAAAACAUUGUACAACCGUGAAGCAAAUAAUUUUACAUUUAGGUGCAUUGUGCUGAACCGUUUCGCCAAUAAAAUAAAAUAUUAUAGAAAAAUGGCAUUUGUUUACCCAGGAGACCCCGAGCUAGAAUCGAAAUCUAAAAAAGCUGCUGAACGGAUUUCGGAGAAUAUGCAUAUAGUUGCGAAUGAGCCUUCACUGGCACUGUAUAGAUUGCAAGAGCAUGUGAGGAAGGCCUUGCCGCCGAUGGUAGAACGAAGAGUUGAGGUGACGAAGCUGCAGCAUGAGUUACAGGGCAGGUGCUAUGAUGUGGAGUAUGCUUUAAGUGCAGUAAAGUCAAUGGAUGGUGCCGCAACAAGUUUCAAGAACAUACAGGAGAUGUUGAAGCAAUCAAUAUUUUUAAAACAACAAUUAAAAUAUGAAGAAGCUAGGAGAAAUAAAAAGGACUCUAAUUCUGUUUAUAAACGUCUCUCUGCUCAUAUUGUUCUUGACCUACCAGAUUUGUCCGAGUUCUCUAUGGUUCGGGAAACUACGAAUAGAAUUGAGAAUAUGAUGGCCCAAGCUAGAGGAUCUUCUGCUGAGCUGCAUAGGUCUCACACCACUUUGCACUGAAAGAAAUACUUUUUAUUUGCUUAAUUAUUGAUCUCAUAUUUAUGUGAACACUGGUUUUGCCUUGCCAGACCCUUGUGCUUACUUGCCUAUGUGUUCUAAUUAACAAAGAACUUACAAUCUCAUUGUUUUUAGUGUAUUAGUGACUGCCUGUCCUAAUUGCAGUUAUUUAAGAUAUUAAUUUGCUACACUUCCAAACACUACAUAAAAAAUCAAAGCUUUUAAGUAGUUUCUGCUUUCAACAUAUUAUACUGUUGUUGGAACAUUUAUCACCAUUACUAUGUAGAUUGUGCAAAGUAUAUAAAUCCUAGAAAGCACUAACACAGCUAGAAAAAGGAACACUAUUCAGGGUGUCCAGUAAAUAGUGCACCAUACUGUAAGGGGUAAUAGCUGGUUAUAGCGUGAUAUCGGCAAGAAAAUUAUUUUACGAAAACUGACACAAGUCACCUGCAGCUGUAGCCAAAUGCCACUUAACGCUUGUCUACAUGUAGAAUAGAAAACCAAAUUAUAUGGAAUUGACGUAAAUUUUGACACUUGUCAGUGUACCCCAUACGUUUUGAUUUCUACUCUCUCUGUAGACAAGCGCUAAAGUGGUUUUUGGCUAAAGACCCAGGUCAAUUUGUUAAGUUGGUAGUUAUUGUUUUCCGAACUUGGUAUGAUGCUAUAAAAAAAGUAGGCUAGGGUUAUGCUAGAAAGUAUUAUGUAGGUUUUAGUACAACAAAAUAUUAUUAAAAAUAGUUAUGUAACUUUUCGAAGGUGCUCGACUAGUUUCGAGCAGCGACAGGGGCUCAUAAUUAUGGAUACAACUGGCCAAAUAAGUUGUCGUGAAUGGCUAUGUGUACCACUGGCAUGAACAA